AUGUUUUCAAGAUUGUGCAAAAACACAAUCUUCCCAACGGGACUAUCACAAUCAUCGACAGCACCGGCGUCAGCAGCAAGCAACGGCACAGACCGAUUGGCUUCCACGUCGGGUGGUGCUGGCACAUCGCGCACGUCCCAACCGACGGCUGGAACGAGUGAGACCGCACCGAGCGCCCCGAUAGCAGCACCGUCCGGUGGUUCGGUGGCGGUUGUCGCGGCGGCCAUCGCAGCCGAUCGACGUCGACGGCGUCAGCAGCAGCUGGGCGGACGUAAUCUACCAUCGCUGCCGGUGCUGCCACCGAGAUCUCGUGGUCCGAUAAGGGCACCGGAACCGCCGCCACCGUACUGGGCGCACUACGCACACCGACCGGUUCCAGCGCAACCGGCGGCGGGCCCAACUGGCGAGAGGAUUGGUAGUGCAGCAUCAUCUGCUGCCGGUCGUGGUGCUGGUGCUGCUGCUAGUAGGCACAACACGGCCACGACCACCGACGACAGUGACACCAGCAAUGACAGGCCCCGAGCACAUCGCGGCAGAUCAACGUCCGGUGAUAGCUCUUCGACUGGUGCCGGCGGCCAAGCAGCAGGUGGCCCCGAACGAACCGACCCAGCCGUUCGGCAUCGCUACAACGUACCGAACCAGCAGCGGCAGCGCAUUAAGGAGCAUUUGCUAAGUCAGGAUGCAUUUUGUCCAGAUUUGGUGCGGAACUGUAAGAAUAUCGCAACCGAUUCGCCCGAACGUCAGUCAUCGUCCGCGCCGGUAGAGUACGCCGAAAUUGGGGAACUUAGCCGCAGCCUUGCAGCGGUUGCCAUUAACGACGGGGCAUCUACAUCGUCGGGUCGUUCCCAAGCAGGACCAGUGCCCGUAUCCGAAACCGCCGAGUUGCCCGGUCAGCCAUCUUCCGUUGCUGGCACGGGCGUCAGUGCUGCGUCGGCAGCUACUAUGGGUCAAAACUUGAGUAUUCGUAGACCAAAGAUUUCACUCACCUGGGUACUUCGGGAGCAAUCGCGUGAAGGAACGUCACUGGCAGGGAAUAGUUCGAGCCAGCAGCAACCACAUUCAGCACCGCAACAGUCGACGGUGGCACCGGGUGUUGGGAAGUGCUCUGCGAUCGGAACUCCGCUGGACAGAACGUGCCAAAGUGUGACGGGCAACAAUGGAAUGUCAACGACACUGCACAAUACAACCGCACAAACUUUAAUCCCAGGUAAUCCAGUAGAUACGGGCGGCUCUGUAGGGCAAACGAAUGGACCAGCUAUCAGCGGUGUCACACCGAACGGUCACAAUCAUCACCACCAUCAUGUGAUCGUGCGGAAGAAAUCCCGAACGCGCAGUAAGGAACGGCUGUUUAGCGAAAAAUACGUAAGCGACAACAACCUGUCGGAGUACCACAGUGAGAAGCUGCGUAGUGUAGCGCAUGCGAACGAGUACACGGUUGCGCCAACGGCCGCCGUUUCGGGCGCUGGGUCUAAUCUGUACCGGAAAAGCAAUCGAAAGAACAGUGAUCGUUUGAAGAAGAAGGAUCGUCUACUGUUAUACUCGAACGGGACCACGGUAGACGCUAGCGUGCAUCACAAUAACAACAAUCAACAUGCGGUCAAUCUCAACAAGGAACCAGCGUACGGUGAGUCCGGCCUGAAGGAGAAGAUGGCGGUUGCGUUGAAGAAUACCUAUUCGGAGCCUUCGCUGUACACGACGGUAUCGGAACCGUCGGCAUCUACCAAACAUCGACAUCACAGUAGGCAUCACCAUAGGCGACGACGGGAGCGUUACCGAUCGCAGCGCUUCGGGUACGAAAUUCACAACGUCGACGAGUUCCUGUCCAAGUGUUCCCUAUCCUCGCCCGGUAACAUCCCGGUAGUAUUAUCGUCCGCUGCGACACUGUACCAGACGCGUCCCGGGAGCUACCAGAUUGAGAUACCGCUACCACUGGGGAUGGUGGUGAACGCGGUCUUCAAGAACCAGAACUGGCUGUACGUGCAGACGCCCCACGCUGAGGAGGGCUACGUGGCGUACGAUACCUGCCUGCCGUUGGGUAUAUUGCCAUCAAACCAAAGAUCUUCAUCCAGCUCGAAACCUACACCCUGCUGGGAGUCGAACAAGGACAUCUUCCCGAAGCCGUGCGGCAAUUUGACUGACAGCGAAAAGGAGAUACAGCAGCUGCGUGGCGGAACCCGCUCGGAAGGUCGUCGUACUCCGCGGCUGAAACGAAGUAGUGCCAACAGUCGCAGUGCGGUCUCGAUCACCGCGUGCAACAGCGAACGGGACCUGGACUCGCUCUAUCUGCGCACGGUGGCCUCGAACCAGCCGAAGGUAGCGGAUGGUCAAACGCAGUACGCUCAGCUAAAGCUGACCACCAAGGUGCUCAACACGGUGGCACCGUCGGUAAAGUCGGAAAAGGCGCUAGCGAUCGAACAGCUGGAAAAGUUGAUCUGCUCCGGCAGCGGUGACUAUGUGCAUCUGCUGAAGCAGCAGCAACAACAGUUGCUAGCGAAACAGCAGCAGUACAUCGUUCAGCUGCGCCAGCAACAACAACUCGGCAAAGCGGAAUCCCCCACGAUCGGGAAGCAUCUGUCCGGUAGCACCGUACCGGGAGCCAAAGUCAUCAAUGGUAGCAAUCACCUGCGCAUCUCACUCAGCGGCAUAACGAAUAAUGGACCAGCGUCUGUGGCGGGAAGUGGUACGGUAAACGUCUGUUCGCCGGGAGCCGCUGUACGGCAAACAUUGCUGGCGAUCACGGAGAACUACUGCUCGGAGGCGGUUUCCGUCCACAAGGGCGAUGUGGUCACGCUACUCGCCUGCAAGGAGUAUCAGGAGAAGGGUUUGAAGAACUACAAGCAGUGGUUCUUCGUGCGGACGCGGGAUGGCCAUGAAGGGUAUAUACCAGCCGAAGCGGCAGGACAUGGGUUUCUUUAA